AUGUUACUGGACGUGCCUGCUCUUUUGCCAUACUCACGUGGGCAGUGGCAGCGGCUCAAGUGGAAGAAACCUGGGGUAAUUGGGGCUCACGAGGAGUGGCUUCGGAAGAUGUGGGCGCACCUGACUCGCCAUGAGCGGGGUGACUUCGUGUCUGGACCUUCACAACCGAAGCGGCACGAUACCGCGGCAGCAAAGGCCCGCAAUGUGGCCGACAGUCACAAACCAUCGUGCGACGCAUGGCAUUCAACUAGAAUAUCCACAAUGCACAGUUCUGAACAGCAAAGUUAUGUACAGGAUUGUGACAAGCUUUACGCUCAGCCCACAGCGCCAACCCCCGCUCGCGAAGUGCGCAUGACCCUACAACCCCGGUAUGAGCACAAUUUUGCACCUCUGUAGGUCUACUGCUCGUUCGUCGUAAACCGUUCUUCGAAUCGACUAAGAUCUGAAUAGCACAACAACUCAAAGCUUCCGCCGUGUCGUCAAGUGUUGUUUCUUGUUCGCUUUUGUAUCUUGAAGUCCGCAGGUCUUUUGAUGGCGAUGUUAUCUUCAGUGCGGUAUUCCUCCAAGCUGUGGGCAGGGAAGCUUAGGAUGUACCAUGUCACUGAUGCAAGCAUUCUUCGUUGCGUAGCAAGCAGCGUUGCACUAGACUCGAUUGCUCGGCGGUAGUCUCUCGGACCUAUCUGCUGGUGGUUGGACAGAGGCGAAGCUGCUGGACCGGCAAUAUCUCCUUCCACGGUGAUGAUCCGGAAUAGCGUUGAGGAACAUGUCGCAGGACGCACGUGGCCGAUAAAGCAAGACCAGUGCGGCAGAAGUAGUAAGGGUAGACGUGAUAAUAAUUGGGGACGGCAUGAUUGGCACUGUUGCUGUGCC